CACGUGGGCGGCGUGUACAGCGGGGCCGCAGGGGACACGCACCGCGCCGACCUCCCCAGCCCCCUUGGCGUGCGGAUGGCAGUGCCUGGCACGGACAGCACGGCCCAGACCUUCACCCUGGACACACGGACAGGCACCUUCAGUCACACAAUUCAGUCCACUGAUUACGUGGCCACCCACCAGCUCUAUGCCCACCACUCCCUGGUCCACCUGAUGGCCUUCAGCAUCACCAUCCGGCGGUUGGCUCACUCAUCCCAGCCUGUCACCAUCCAGCUCCAGACCACAUUUGUGCCACAGAGCCAGGACCUAGACCUGAUCCCAGGGCCAGACUUCCAGGGAGCACACUACAUCUAUGGGCAGACACUGGUCCCCGAGGUGGAGGGGGGACCCCGUCCCACUGUCCACAUGCUCUGGACCCCUGUCCCACCAUCGCUGACACUGGGUGGGGAGGAGCAGGAGCGAUCCUGGGAAUUCCUGACAGCCGUGGCUGAGAGCGAGGAGGAGGUGAAGCAGAGCUACAGUGAGGGACUGUCCCUGAUGGCCACAGGGUCCCUGCACUCCUCCCACUGCCACUCUUGGGCCGCGCUCUGGGCAGGCUGCUGUGUGGAUCUGGCUGGACCCCUGCCCCUGCAGCAGGCCCUCCGUGGCUGCCUCUACUACCUGCUGAGCUCCAUCCCACCCCAGGGCAGCACAGGAUUCCUGUUCCAUGGCAUCAGCCCUGGAGGUUUGUCCAAUGGCACCCGGGGCGAGGACUACUGGGGACACAUCUUCUGGGACCAGGACACCUGGAUGUUCCCAAAUAUCCUGCUGUUUUAUCCUGAAGCUGCCCGAGCCAUCCUGGAGUACCGGAUCCGCACACUGGAAGGAGCCUUGCAAAAUGCACAGGAACAAGGCUACAAGGGUGCAAAGUUCCCAUGGGAGAGUGCAGCCACAGGCCGGGAAGUCUGCCCUGAGGAGAUCUAUGGAUCCCAAGAAAUCCACGUCACUGGAGAUGUCUUGAUGGCCUUUGAGCAAUAUUACUGCACCACACAGAACCAGAAGCUGUUUCAGGAGGAUGGGGGCUGGGAGCUGGUGGAAGCUGUGGCUCAGUACUGGUGCAGCAGGAUGGUGUGGAGUGAGGAGGAGCAGUGCUACCACAUCAGAGGUGUCAUGCCCCCAGACGAGUACCACUGCCAAGUUGAUAACUCUGCUUACACCAACGCUGUGGCCCGUCGCAGCUUAAGCUUUGCAGCUGAAGUCGCUCGGGACCUGCUGCUUCCAGUGCCAGAGGAGUGGGAGGAGUGUGCCAGGAAAGUCAAAGUGCCUUUUGAUGCAGAGAGGAAAUAUCAUCCCGAGUACGAUGGCUACAGCCCAGGUGAGCUGGUGAAGCAAGCUGACGUGGUCCUGCUGGGGUUCCCCCUGAUGCAUCCCAUGAGUCCUGAGGUCCGGAGGAACGACCUGGAGAUCUAUGAACCUGUCACUGACCUGGCUGGGCCAGCCAUGACCUGGAGCAUGUUUGCUGUGGGCUGGCUGGAGCUGAAGGAGGUGCAGAGAGCCCAGAGCCAAUUGCACAAGUGCUUCAGCAACAUCACGGAGCCCUUCAAGGUCUGGGUGGAGAACUCGGAUGGGUCAGGAGCUGUGAACUUCUUGACAGGGAUGGGUGGAUUUCUGCAAGCCAUUCUCUUUGGCUACACGGGGUUCAGGAUCACCAGGUCCUGCCUCCGCUUCAGCCCUGCCUUUCCCCAUGACAUCACCAAGCUGGAAGUCUCUGGUGUCUCCUACUUGGGCAACAAACUGGACUUCACCAUCACCAUGGAGGAGAUCAGGGUGAAAGUGACUGAGACCUCCCAGGACCCUUUGGCAUGUCCCCUGGAAGCUGUGCUGGAGUCAGGGCAAUGCUUUGCCCUGAGGGAGGGGCAGAGCAUCUCCUUCCCUGCAGCACCUGGCUGGAUCCAGAGGUCACCUACCAGGACCUCCUAA